AUGGAGCUGUACGACGAGGAAAUCUACGAUCGGGCGAGUGUAAACGUUAGCGUAAUUCUGAACGACGACAUAAAGGAGGAGAUAAUAGAAAAUUUGAGGCACAAUAUGAAGGACAGGAAUGUGAAGAUAAGCAGCUACGAUUAUGGCAGUAUUCACAAAAUAAAUUGUUGCGCGGGUGAAGCGGCAGAUGGGGGCGAGGGGGGAGGUGGACACGCCAUGCUGAUGCACGCUUGGCUGAAAAAGAUGAAGGUGGCUUCGUCCGUUGUGAUAUUUUGCGUGGACUGGCAGGGGAUUGCUAAUGAGGGGGGGGAAGACGGGGUCUCCGCUGGGGAGGGGUCAGCCGGGGAAGGUCCUUCUUUGGAGAGUACAGGCCAAGUGUACGCCGUCCAGGAGGCUCCCAUCCAACCGGGUGACCCGCAGCCCCCCCGCGCGUGCGUGCAGAACGCAGCCUUCAUGAGCCAAGUGAACAAAGACCUGAUGGAGCGAAUAGAAGAAAUAAACGCAAUAAUCAUGAGGAGGAAAAAAAUCUGCAAAAUUGUCGUGUUGGUGAUCCUGCCAGAAAACACACAAAACACAGAACAGUACAUCAAAUAUAUUAGCUUGCUAAAUUCGAAAAACAUCAGCGCGAUCUUUAUCACAUUGGGGCUAAAGGAAAUACAUAACAAAAUUAAAAAAUUAGAAAAUCUUCUGAGGGAUUGUAUUAAUGCCUUUUUUAAGCAACACAUAAUUACCUUCGAGGGGAAAGCCGGACAAAAUAUACUCACUUUUUUUAAUUACAAUUUUAAGAAGGCAUACGUUUUGGAGAUCCUAGAACGGUAUGAUGAGAGUAUGAAGAUUUACGUGAAUCUAUGCAAAGUUUUUUAUGAACAUGCAGGUGAAAAUACGUUUCCGGACAAACUCACCUUUUUCAAGUAUGUCAUUUUUUUCAACUCAGUCAGCAUUCGGAUGAUAUAUAUUUAUCUGUUUUUUAAGGACUUUAAGAAGGCCAUUCAUCAUAUUUACACGCACAAUAAAAUUAUCUACUUGGCGUUGAUGCGGCGGGGGGGGGAGGAGGAGGGAGAAGUGGGAGAAGCGGGUGCAGAAGAGGGUGCACGAGAUAUACCCACCAGUGGGGGGAAACAUUCACAGGUCACUUCCAUCUAUGGCAUAACCGGUUGCUCUGAUUUGAUCACCUCUUUGACCUGUUGGGAUAACUUCAGAGGAGACGCACCCAGUGGAGAGGAAAACCACCCCUCGAAUGAAAGUGUCCACCUCAUGUACGACCUCACGAUGAAGGAGUACCUGUAUUACAACCUACUGUCAUGUGUCUACCUCUACUUUUGCAGAAUUGUAAAAAACUUGAGCAUGAACCGAAAGGACACUGUGCUGUAUGGGAUGUACUGCUGCUUCUGCGUAUAUUACAUGUUGAAGGCGCGCAGGAAGAGGGACAAAAUAGUGGAGGCCUUUUCUCCUACGACCCAAUUUGACAGCUACUUUAAGAUAUGCCCCGUUUCAGUCCUACAUAACUUUGUGCAAAACUUUUUAAUUGAAAUGUAUAUCACCAUUAGCGCCAACCAGAUUAGCAGUUUGUUUCGACUCGUCAUUUAUUUUUUGUGUUUGAUUUAUUACGAACGGGGGAACUACCGCUUUUGCUUGUACUUGUUGCUGUCGUUUUAUGGCAGCCGGGAGGACUCCUCCGUUUUGAGUGCAAUCGGCGAGGGAGCCUUGAGGGAGGGGGUCUGCCCCUUGGGCGAGUUGCACUCUCUGUUGGGGGAGAUAUCGGCGAAGCGGAGCUACGAGCGCACUCGCAACUCACACACGCACGAACCCAUGCUGCUUCUCACGCUGAGCUGCAUGGGCCGCUUGCUGCACCCGGGAAAAUGGGGAAGCGCCGCAGACGGACCCCCCUCGAAAGAAGAACCGCUUAGCAUCAAGGAGCACCAACACCUGUUCAUCCAAAUAUGCUUCGAGUAUUUAAACGAUUUAAUAAAGAACAACAAAAAAAGAGAAGAGAAAAAAUUUAGGGACUUUUUCUCCAAGUAUUGCGAAAGCAUAAAUGGAGAAGGGGUCUCCCCCCCCGAGGAACCACCCACCAUAUCGAUACGAAAUAUCUGUGUGAAGUUAUACUGUUUGAUUAAACCCCAUGGGAUUGCCUCACAUUUAGAAAUAAAAAACGGGACCCACGUGGAUUUCCCCUUUUUGCCAUUUAUAGGCAUCUCUAUGGAUAACCAUAUAUCCUUCUACAAGUUAUCCUUUUCUGACAAGUUUGAUGGAGUCAUUUUUGCCACAGCGGAGGGUGUGAAGGAUGUUGGAGUGAAUGGCGAAAGUGUGCUUGACUGCAUAGCGAGGGAGGGUGCUCUCAUUAAGGAGCGUCAUUGUACGAGUGACUCACUUGAGAGCGCCUCUUGGAAGGGGUACUCCUUGGGGGAGAAAAACAUGGUGAGUUUUUUUUUUCCUGGGGGGGAGAAAAACCAAAUAGAAGUUAACUACGUCGAUCUGUAUUUGAGCAUUUCUUGCAACAUUGUGCGGAUGCGAAUUCACCAAGUUGGUGUAUCCAUUUUGAGGGAGAAGUUCCUCGAGAGGGUUCCCCCCGAGGUGGGCAGCGUAGAUGAAGGGAAACCUCCCCGGGAAGAGGCCCUAAAUGAUGGCACGAUUGGUGGUGCGAUUGAUGGUGCGAUCCAUGGCACGAUUGACGGCACGAGUGACGCUCCGUCGAGAGAACCCCCCCCGAAGGAACCAAACAGAGAGGAAAGAAAAAUCUUCCAAGUAAAAGUGACCAAAGAGGGAAGGGAAGAAUCAUCUUUUUACAAACUGAAGGAAGGAGUGUACCUAAAAGAUUACGUGAAUAAAAUUCCCAGAAAUGGAAAGAAGCAAUUUUUUCGCAAGGCGCUAACCAAGUAUGUGCAUUAUUUUGUGUAUUGUUGGAAGGACGUUCUUUACCUAAACGAGUAUAACCCUGUGUACAUUUUUGUGAGGUGCUCUAAAUAUGUAAAAACAUUUGAGUUUCUUUUUUCUUAUGACUGUGAGGGGGAGGAUCAUUUGCUUGUUUAUUUGUUGACGAGGGAGGGCAGUGUUGUGGGGGUGCGCCGGGUGUGCAGAGAUCAAAGGGUUGCGUUGUUGGUGGGGGGCGAGCAGGUCUGCAGGUUGGCGCAGGGGGGUGGCAGCAGUGAUGGUAGCAGUGAUGGAAGCAGCUAUGACAGUAGUGAUAGCAGCAACGGUCAGGACGAUCUCUUCCACGAGGGGUCCGCAGAUGCCAGCCGCGAACACCCCGGGGAAACCACGCGGCUAUUUCUCAACCAGGAGGAAGUGAAAGAAUUGGUCAUGGACGAGGCCCUUCAAGAGUUACUAUCGCACCGUGUCAGUGGAGAAGUAGACUCCAAGUUAAGCCACCCAGAAAAGGAUGUGUUCUUUUUUCAAGUGGAACGGGAGGAAAACCGUCUUAGUGCUAAGCGCAGCGGGGGGAAGCUCUACGGCAGAAGCAACUUCUGCAACGAGUGCUGCAUGUCGUAUGGAAUGAGAAGGGGGAGAAAAAAUGGGGGGCCGGGCAGACCAAAUGGUCAUGCCAAUCGAGGAAGAAACGAUUUCCCCUUUUACGUAAGCGGCGCUGAGAAGCUGAUGUGCGUCCCUCUUCUUGUACGCCCAACCGGGGGGAGCAAACACGUGAAUGUCAAUUUUGACUUUUGCUUUAGAAGCGCCGCCUUCGAGGACCGGCUGAAGUACCCAGGCAGGUAUUCCGUGGAGCCGUCCGUCAUAACGAUGGUCACGCGGAUUGCCCGUGGAGGGGGCCCCCUAGAAGGGGAGGAGGAGGGAGAAGAGGAAGAAGAAAACGGAGGUCUAAAAAGGAACACUAUAAAUGGGGGUGUCACGCAUGGGGGAGCCAUAAAUGGGGGAGUGACGAAUGGGGGCGCCACCGAGGUGUCCGCUCCUACGUCCUCACCGAACGACUUCCAAGGCGACUUGCAACUUUUAAGCCAUCGUAAGGAAGAGAAAACCAACGGGUGGAGGAACAACGCAGUGCAGUACUACCUAUACGUACACAACAACAACGCGCAUGGAAUCAUCGUUGAGGAAGUGAGGGGAGGGAAAUUCAAAGGAACCGUGGAGGUAACUCACAAGAGUACCUACUGCAACUUUGUAAAAGAAAACCAUCCAGAAGGGGGAGGCAUUAUCAUAAAUUACCGCUUUAACGUUAGGGACUUUUUUUUCCCUUUUAACAAAAUGUGGAGGAACAUCAUCCGUGCACUUGUGGUGAAGGUGCCUCCUGACGAGAGGAUGGGCGACAGGGGGGGGAUUUACUACCCCCCAGUGAACGAGGUGAAAAAGAGCAAAAUAAGGAUAGACCUCAUUUAUGAAAGAACUGCAAAAUGUAACGAAGUGUUUGUCGUCGAAUCGGUGAUUACUAAUGAGACGAAUAUCACCGAGGAAGUUAUAAUUUUUUUGUACGACCGGAAGAGGGGUGGUGGGCGCGGUCGAGGGGAGAAAGGAAGGGAAGAAGGUGUCCUUGUGAAAAACGGUUGGGACGAACCCGACGGCGUGCAGAGCAGCAAAAAAGUGCACGAAUUUAGGUACAGAACUGAGCAGGAAUACUAUAAUAAUAGUAACAAUAAUAGUAACAAUAAUAAUAACAGCACAUCCGAGAGCAGCUCCGAUUCUUCUGCCCUCUCAUCGGACGACUUGGAACAUUUAAUUGACCAGGAUAGCUACAUGUCCGAUGGCACAAAUGACCCUUUUAGCAAGAAGACGUAUAUUAUAACGGGGGGGAGGAUAAUGAAGAACAUUUUGCUGCCGUACCAGUCCAUUAGGCUCAGAUGGUCCUUCAUUGUUUUCACGCACGGAUUUGUCACUCUUCCCAGCGUGCUAAUCAAGCGCAAGACCAAGAUAAAGAACAACGUCAAUGUGUUCGCCUCCGCUAAUGUAGAGUUGUUCGUGGUGUAGCGGCGGAUGGAAGUGGGGUACGCGCUCGCCAGUUAGGCGGCGUAACUUCGUUCUCCGGCUGCACUUAAUUUGAUCACCUUUUGGCUAUUUAUUUUUCGCCCCGUCUUUUUUUUUUUUUUUUUUUGUUUCCCCCGCAUGAACAGCCAUAACGCGUUGUCUCCUUUGCGACUUUUGCGGGCCCCACUCGCCCCACGAUUCUUUCACGUAAAAUUGUUCCCUUUUUUGUG